AUGUUCAAAAAUAAAGCUACGAAAAGCAGCUCUUCUAUCAAAAGAGGAUGGAACAGAUUUGCAAUGACCAUGAAUGGUAGUACAUUUAGGUCAAGCGAAUACCACUUCCUCAAAGGUCAUACUACUGGAAAUAACCAUGGGUUAGGGAUUGGAAAUAAACCAUAUCAUGUUGGCUGAAAGUACUAUUGAUAUUCAUUGGAGUUUAUACUCCACAGUAUAAGAAUGAGUAAUACUGUGGAUUACACAGUCGUUGUCACUCCAGUUGUCUUGAACCCUUAUGGAUCAUUAUGAGGCGAUGGAACCAAAGACACCAAUGCUCUUGAAGAGUGAGAUAUCGGAGUCAACUCAGGUGACAACAGUAUAAAUACUAAUAGUGUUUCUUGAGAUGAGAAUUGCUUCCUAGGAUACACUUAUAGCUGAGAUAACAGUGUUCCGAACAAUUGAUUUCCAUCAAUCUGAGGAGAUGGGUUAUCCUCUCCCAGUGAAGCCUGAGAUGAUGGAGAUAAUGACAGUGGUGAUGGGUGUAGUAAUACCUGAACUGUAGAGUCAGGCUACCAGUGCUAUGGGAUAGAUAACCAAACCUGAGAAGCUAUCUGUGGAGAUGGUAUACAGGCUAGCUCAGAACAAUGUGAUGAUGGAAACUUUAUCGCAGGCGAUGGCUGAGCUGUUGACUGAACCUUUGAAACAGAUUUUGCUUGAACUGGCCAAGGAACAGCGACUCAGUGCUCAAGAGUAUGUGGAAAUGGCAUCUUGCUUGCAAGUGAUGAUCUCACUACUUCCUGUGAUGAUGGUAACCUUGAAGAUGGUGACGGGUGUGAUAGCAACUGUGCGAGAGAAACAGGCUAUACUUGCACCUCAACCAAUCUUGCUGCAAGCGUCUGAGAACCUAUUUGUGGAGACGGACUCAGACUCGGGUCAGAAGCUUGAGACGACACCAACCUUGCAGAUGGGGAUGGAUGUAGUUCCAACUGAACUAUUGAAGACAAGUCUAUGUGUGUAAACCAGACUCCCACAGGCCCAAGUGUGUGAAGAGUGUGUGUAAUCGAGCACUGCAAAGAAUGAGAUCCAUCUGACUAUGACAAAUGACAGACAUGUGAAGACCUCUACGAACUCAAAAAUCCGACCACUUGAUACUCAUAUGCAAUCUUCGAAGUCUCAGAAGGCGCCCAGCAAAUGUCAUCUGGGUCACAGGCAGUCUCAGGAGUCAGUGCUGGUGCAACAGUUGGGGUGUCGCUACUUAACUUGUCAUCUCUGGCAGCCAUCUGGUCUAUUGUAAACCAACUGCAGUUAUUUUUGUUGUUGCUGCUAACCAAGACACCAUUUCCAGGUGAUGUCAAAGCUUUGAUUCUUGGAAAUGAACUCAUGCAGUUUAAUCUAGAUGUAUUGCCAGUCAGAGCCUUGCCGAAGAUGCCUGAAGUCAUGGACUGGCUCAAGAUCGAUCAAGACAAUUCCUACCUUGAAACCAUUGGAGUGGAGUCAAGCACAAGUCUGCUCAACAAUUUUGGAUUUGUAUUGUGUAUGCUCUUGAUGCUGGCUCUGUAUCCUUUAGUGAUGACAUUGAAGUUCUGAGUGAACUAUGAAAACGAGAAUAAAUGCAGUGUGAAUUACCUGAUGAUUUUGAUAAUUGACCUGUUCAACUUCACAAUCUACAUCAGACUAGUACUUGGAGGGUUCCAGCUGUUGCUCAUUUGCUGUAUAUCAGAAGUUAUUAAGUUUGACCUUGAAACCAUUCCCAACAUCAUCUCGAUGGUGUUUUCAGUAUUGAUACUAACUGUCUGAGUUGGAACAAUUGCUCUUUCUUUCUAUAUCUUCUACUCAAAGAGGGACUUCCACGAUCCUGACAAGUACUAUAAGCUCAAUGAAUUCAUCACUGGACUCAAGAACACCAGAUAUGCAAGGAUCUAUCCUUUCUUGGGCUUAAUGAGAAGAACCAUGUUCGUGAUAUGGCUACUUACAUUCACAUGGCUCGAGUGUGUGUAUUUGACUGCUGGUAUGAUGGUAGUCCAGAUACUCUUUGUACUGAGCCUCGUCACUCUGAGACCCUUCGAUCGGCCAGAGAACAACCUGAUCGAAAUCGUCAACGAAAUAAUCUACACCACUCUGCUAUCGAUAAUGAUUAUCUGUGAUAAAGUUGAUGAAUGGUCAAGUACAGUUACAAACAUAUUCUGCUACAUAAUCCUUGCAAACUCAUUGGUCAUCACUUUCAUAAUGAUCGGUGCUUUGUUAGUUUCAUUAUGCCAGAAAUGAGCCAAGAAGAAAUCUGGAACAACCACGAGCAGAGUGCAGCCAAUCCAGGAGGUUUCGCAACAACGAAUGGGGAACACCUACAAUACGCACAGAGUAAACUCUGAUCUUUCAAGCAUCAAGAUCAUCACCACUGACGACAGCCACAACAUUGCCAAACUCUUCGAAGAGGCCAGGAAAAAGUCUAAGAACUCAAAGAUGCAGACUAAAAGACAGGAAAUUAAGUUCUAG